UUACUCAAAACGAGAAUGCCCACAAGGUGUUCGACACAAUUCCUCAAUACCCAAAUUGGGGUCUCCGUUGUAUUUGGCAAAGACCCUCUCACGUGGUCUGCACGUGACAUCUUCUUCCAUUACCCUUACUCGUUCGUUGGUUUUCUCCUUUACCGCUUCUCCUCUGUUUCUUCUCGGUACCAAGAAAACGCAAGAUCAAAUCUUUGAAAAUCGUUACUUGAUAGUCUCUUUCUAAGCAUGGAGCCUCGUGUUCUAGGAGAUGUUAAUUACGAACAAAUCUUCCAACGCGCUAAAGAUUUCUACCAUGAGAAAGAUUACGUCAAGGCGUUGGAGGUAAUUGAGGAUUUGUAUUUCGUCCAAGGGGAAGACAGAGUAGCUGUUGAUGCGCUACAAGGUCAGAUCUUUAUGGAGCUAGCGGUGAAAACAAAGCGCCCUGAUGUGAAAGUUGCAUACUUGUUGGGUUGUGUACAAUGUCUUCCGAGAACUCCUGGGUGGUCACAGUUGGCGGCAAUUUCACUCCUCACUUUGGCUCAACAGCUUGAGUCAGUGGUUUAUUACAAGAAAUCGGUGCAUCAAGCAAAGAGAGCUUUAUAUGAUCUUAUAGUGAAUUUUCCGGAGGACCUAGAAGAACAGAGAGCAAUGGUGUCUGUGAUCGAAAAUGCAGAGUCAAGAAUAGCUGAAUCCAAGAGACGAGUUGCUUCUUCUGUAAGAAACUGUGAACAAAUAGAUAGGGAGUCGUUAAAGGAAGAUGGGGAUACAGAGAAGAGUGAGUCUGAUUUCAUCAAAGGAUUGAUGUUGUAUUGGGCUGGUUUGAAUGUUGAGACCAAAAGGAACUUAAUGAGAGUAAGCAUUGCGGAUCUCACGAGUUAUGUUGAGGGAGUAUAUGGUAGUGAAGGACUAAAUGCAUUGGAGCAAGCUCUCACUUUUGCUAGGGAAGAGAGAAAAUGGAGAUUCUGGAUGUGUAGGUCUUGUUCGAAGAAGUUCUCAAGUGCUGAAGAAUGUAAGAAUCAUCUUGAACAAGAACAUCGUGCAAAAGUUAUUACCGAUUUUACAACGCAUAUGGUCCAUAUGCCCCAAAGGAUAAGUAAAGUCUGGGCUCGUAAGAUAUCCACUGGAGGUUGGGAACCAGUGGAUGCAGCAGCUGCCAUUGAACUGAUUAAGAAUCGAUUGGAAGAUGUGAAAGCAUUUUCCUAUAAGAAUGGAUGGUCUAAAGACUGGCCUUUAGCUGCGGAUGAAGAGCGCAGUAAGUUACUCAAGGAAAUCCAAUUGCUCCUUGUGUCGUUUUGGGACUGUAAGAUUCUCUCUUGUAGCAUUCGAGACUGGGUGAUGCAUUUUACGGUUAAGCAUCUUGAAAGGCUUGAAGUUUCCAAACAUACUCUCGUUGAUUGUUGCCUACUGGAAACACCUCAGAUUAUUUGUUUUUGUGAAUGUGCUGAACUCAAUCAAAUCCUGGAAUUUCUUAAAAAGAUCAAGCGUGAAAGGGAUGAUGGUACAGAUCUAGUUUCCAGAGCUGUAGACAGUUUCUGCUGUGCAACACAAGUUAAAGAAAAGCUCGACUUUGACCCUCAGUUUUCAGUUCUGCUCCUGGAUAAGAGACUGCUGCAAUGCAAGAUUAAUCGAUUCGAUGAUGAAGGGACAGUCAAUGUCUUUGAUCCCAGUGUUCACUAUGCCAAUGCACAUGCUCAGGGAGGUUAUAUCGUUUCCUGGUUAGUCGACAACUCUUCAGGAGAUGAAAGUUUUCGAUUUCCCACACCUAUCAGGAUGCACAAUCUUGAUAUAUGGGUGGCUGUUCUGAAAGCUGUUCAGUUUACAUAUAGGACUUUGUCAAUCAAAUAUACAAAGAAGUGGCAGCUCCUAGAUUAUGAUACAGCUCUUACCACCGCCAAAAAUUUGUGUAUUAGCGAAGAUGCAAAGAGGAAGAAUCUUCAGAAAGAUCAAUGGAACAGUUAUGCAUCUCUUCUGUGCGAUACAUGUGAAGAGCAUUUAACGAUAGACGCUGGAAAAUCCCCGACCACAAAACUAUUCUUCUGUGCUGUACAAGAUGUUUUCAAAGGAGCAUCAUUUCCGACAUUUAAUUUUCAAAAUUGCAUGAAUGUUAUACGUGAGCAUAAAAAUCUUGGUGAUGAUAUUGUGAUGAAGUCAAUAGACUUUCUGAUAUUAGUGAUCACCAACAAGGUUGUUCGAAUAGAUUCAAAAUUUUUGCUGGUUGAAAGUAUAAGGAUUAAUUUGCUGGAAAACCUCACCAGACUUUCUGUUUUCGACUAUCGCUCUUACAUUCUUCGACCAAUGAAAGAACUCAUCCUGGAUGGUAUUAUAUAUAUGGAAAACAAAGCAAAGUUAGCUGCAGCAGAAGCAGAUCUUAUAUCCAAGGGAAAACAAAAGGAGGAGAUGAAGUUGCCAUCGAAGAAAAAGAAAACUAAAAACAAAAAGAGAACUUCAACAAGCAUGUCUAGUCACCUUGAUAAGAGUGUUGAACAUGCAAAUUCUGUCAACCUUGAACUGGAAAAUACAUCUCCAUCAGUGUGGUCAGAUUCUGUGGAGAAUGGAGGGUUCGGCCUGAGAUUCUGUUUUAUGAAGCUAUCGGCCUAACAAGUGACAGAACUAUAUCAAUAUAGGAAGCAAGCGUUGAUGUAUAAAAAGUUAAAAACAGUGGCAAGUUAGAAGUUGUGUUCAUUAUGUGAACAGAUCAGUUAUUAUUGUUUCUGCAACUCCAAGAACUGAUUAUAUGAUA